AUGCACUGCCUCACGUGUAUCUACGUUGCAAACCGCCCGCGGAUAGACAGCAAAGCUGUCAAGGCAGUCGUGGACUACGCGUCCAAGCAGGCAGCGGCAGGAACGGGCAAAUUGCUUCUGGCUGCAAGCGGAGCAGGGAGUCCGGCUUUGCUGCUGAUGGGAGUGAAUAAUACGACGGAGACCCAGGCGGCCUUGAACAACUCGGUUCAGUUGCUAUCGAUGGGGAUAGUGCCUGACUCGAUCAGUCUUUCGCCCAAGCUCUUGGCAUCUCUCAAGGACUUCGAUGACGACGACAAACGGCUUGAUGCCGCGUAUCAACGACAGGCGGCCUUGAACAACUUAGUUCAGUUGCUAUCGAUGGGGAUAGUGCCUGACUCGAUCAGUAUUUCGCCCAAGCUCUUGGCAUCUCUCAAGGACUUCGAUGACGACGACAAACGGCUUGAUGCCGCGAGAGGACAGACAGGCAAUCGGGCAGCACGGAGAAGACAAAGUUCAUUCCGCCUACAGUUGCAGCGCCGUCGCAGGUCGAAGCCGCUACCGGCGAGGCUCCUGGGAUCGCUUCCAUCUACCAUCAACAAAGCCUCAGAUCUGGCGUACGAGGUGGAACAAGAGGUGAGACCGCUUCGGUCUUUAUCUAGGCGCUUCUCAGCGAGAACGAAGGCCAAACUUGAAAGCGGGCUCAAGCCCCCGACUCAUUCGUUAUUGCACGAACAACACUAUGUUCGCCUCUUUGCGGCGGUGCAGGUGAAGUACGAGCGUGCCGGGAGCCGUGCAAACAAGCUCCUCAGGCCGAUCGGCCUUUCACUUCCAGAAGCUAAGCGCAAUGGUCUCCUACUCGGACGUACACCUAGCGGUUCGGCGGGAAAAAUUUUGGAAGCAUCUGACGCGUCUUUGGCUGCAAAUCCAUCGCCUUCGAGGAUCCUUGGGUCAAGGCGCCUAGAAACAACGCCCGCCGUUGUUGAACCGCCGAUCCAAGAGGUUUCUGCGCGACGGGAGGUGAUGCCGCCUUUGCCGGACCUUGUCGGCGUGUUUGAUCGGUUUGGACGGAAAGGAGUCGACGCCCGUGGGGGCGAACUUUCAUCUACAGAGCGUGCCCUGGCUGAGAUGCUGGCCUCGCAGCCCGAUGUAUUUACCAAGCAGCUGUCGAAGUGCAUAGACUCCAUCGGUGACGAGGUGCAAAUGCAAGAGCGAGGCUUGCGGGCAGCAAACGCGGUACUGUGCUCUACUGAACCGGUUAUCGCCGGACUUGAGGAGGCUCUGGAAAGGGAAGCGGUCCUUCUCGAGGAACUCAAGAACGUGACGCGCAAUGUCCAGCAAACGUAUGUCCUCGCUGAGAUGAGUGAAGCGGUUGAAGCGGCAGAGACGUACCUCAGGCGACUGGAGGAUUUGUCAGCGAAUGUCGUCGAGCUGGCGGUCUACUUGGAGGCUUACAUCGGAGGGGAAACCGCCAGGCACGGCGAAUACUCUUCAAGGCUAAACUUGAAGUCGCGUAGUAGCGUAACAAACUUGAUUGAGCGGCUGGAGACCAUAAAGUCAAGGAUGCUACAGACCAGAGGCUUGGGCGGUAUCCAGGACAGCUCGAGGGCAGCACAGGUGGAGCUGUCUUCAAGAACGAUAGGUUUGCUGCAGUAUUUCGACGGCGAAGUGGUUGCUGGCCAUGAAGAGGCCAAGGCAGUGGGGGGACGACUGGACGUCAUCUGGCGAGAAUCAGCCGAGCGAGCCCGAGAUGAGGCGGGGCGUGCGCAUGAGUAUGCUCUAGUGGCCGCCUGUCGGUUGUGGAAAGCUGCUGCUGUAGAGGGCUCCGGGAAACGAGCGAGCACAUUAGACAGCGUUCGUCUGGAGUUGACGAGAAUACAGGAUAUUCAGGAUUCUACCACGUCUACCAUGGGGGUGCCUAGAAAGGUUGGGCGGGAAGAGUUUGCAAGAGCGACUGGAGCAGAGGUACGGGCAAGGGAGGGCGAUAGAGAGCGAUUGAGAGCAGUGAAAGAUGAGGCAGCCCGCGAUACGGAAGGCGGCGAUCAGCAGGCAAGUGUGUCACCGGUGGAGCGCGGCGUGACAGCAGCGCCAGCACCGAGUUUUCCUGGCCGAUCGCAAGCGGACCAUGGUGUCAAGCUCACGCCCCCGAUGACUACCACACCGGACAUCACCCCGGUUGCUGGCGAAUCGACGACAGUGCAGACCCCAGAAGCUGAGAUGGUAGUUGACCUCGAUCAAUCUGUCAAGAGCGCCGAGGUCGUCGAUGCCGUAGUAGUAGACGAAGCUUCGGUCAGAGGGGGCUCCGCUGCAACAUCACUGGAUGAAAAUAGCUCACGGCGUUCUGGAGACGGGGGAUUGUCCCGAAAAGGGUUCUUGUCGGCAGAACGCACGACCAUAGCUUCCGAGGAAUCCAGCAUUGAGCUUGUGGUGGAUAAAUCAAGCUCGUUUGUGGAUGUCGAGGCUGAAAUGGAAGACGAUGUGUCGGACCCUGCUAGAGUUGGUUUGAAGUUCUUGGACGUCUUCGCCUUGCUCAUAGAGAAGGUUCUAUUCGUGGGUCUUCCAACGCUUGUGUCUGGCGGAUCUCUGGUCUGGCAGCGACUAGAUAACGCCGUGAACGGAGCUAAAGGACGCAAAGGUUGGAAGCUUCUCGAUAGACUAAAGAAAGAUUCGGCUGGGUAAGAUGACAAAAGCUGUAAAUAGUUCUAGUACCUAGGAUAAUCCGAUGGUGAAUUUCUUGCUUUGGGUCAAAGUUCGAUGUUGAAAUAUAUGCUUUGGCCAUUGCCGCAUAGGCUUGGUCGGCGUGUAGACUCUCUGGCGAAGUGCAGUCUUGGCAAACAAACGGUCGAAAGUGUAGUUGAUAUGGAACGCUCGUUCCCUAGCUUGUGCACCAUGAAUGCCUUUUGGUUCCUUGAUCCCCGAUGUGUCCAGGUACAGCUGGCGCAUCCAGUUGAGGUGUGGUGAUGGUGCGAUUCCAAACUGGUGGUUUGUGGCUAUG